AUGGCGACGAAGCUCCGGAUCCCGAUCAUCACGUUUAAGGAGAGGCUGGCCGACGCGGUGACGCAGCGACUGCUGGCCGUGGACUCGCCCGCGCGCACACUGUUCCAGGCCGGAGGACUGGAAUUCAUCACACUGCCGCUACCGACGUUCCCCCCGUCUCACGGAGCUCAGGCCGCUGCUCCUGGCGCGGAAGUCGAUGCGAAGGAGUCUGAGCUAGUGGAGACCAAGUGGGAGCUCACGGAGGAGCAGCAAGAGGUGCUGGAGCGGGCGACGAUCGUGCUGGGAGACGCGCACAACUGCGCGCCGCUGCUAUUGGCACCGGAGACCGGGCUACCCAAGAACAUGCAGCACCUGCUCAAGAACGUGCAGUGGGUGCAGGGCACGUAUGCAGGUGUGGAGCGCUACCUCGCGCUGAGAGAAGCGGGCACGCCGCCUCCGCAGUUCCAAUUGACGCGGGCCGGUGGCAUCAAAGGACUAGCGCAGUACGUCUUCGGGUGGAUCGUCACGCUCGAGCGUAAAUUUCACGAAGCUCAUGCGAUGCAGCAGAAGAUCUUCGAUCCUCGGCCUUUGCGCUACCGUCCGUUCCAGUCGGUGACUAUCGGCAUCUUGGGGCUCGGCGCCAUUGGGCAAGCCAUCGGUCAACUGGCUAAGCUGGCGGGCUUCAAUGUGCUCGGCUUCAAGCGGAAGCUGCGUGGCGACGAAGGCGAAGCGUUCAAGAGCUGCGCGCACCACGUAUCAACCGACCUCGAAGAAGUUCUGCGGUCGGCCGACUACAUCGUCAGCAUCUUGCCCAGCACACCCGCGACCAAGUAUAUGCUGAGCGAGACGAACCUCCCGCUCUGCUCGGAGAAGAAGCCCGUCUUCAUCAACGUCGGUCGUGGCGACGUCAUUGCCGAGCAGACCAUCGUGGACGCGCUGGACAACCAGUGGUUCUCCACGGCGGUCGUGCACGUGUUCGAGAAGGAGCCACUGCCGGACGACAGCAAGCUCUGGGACCACCCAAAGGUCUUUAUGACGCCGCACGUCGCCGCCUACUGCUUCAACGAGGACGUCGCCGACGUGUUCGUGCCCAACCUUGACGCGUACAUCCCGAACCAACCCCUGCAGUACCUCGUGGACUGGGUCAGCGGCUACUAA